AUGGAAUGUACCAAAACCGCUCGUCCAGUGAGAUGUAGAGUUCUGGAGUUCGAGGCUUUCUUAAAAUUCUUUUUAGUCGCCAGGAGAAGCGCAAGCUUCUCCCCAUGCUCUCGUUUGCAUCUGUUGCCGAUAUCCCGUUUGCUAGGUAAGACGAGGUGUUUUCGUGUUAUUGGCAGUUUAAAGAAAUGUGGUGUGAAGGCUGUAAUUUUUGAUAAGGAUAAUACGCUCACUCCUCCUUAUUCGUUCGUCAUGAAUAAAAACAUCGAUAGCGCAGUUCGAGAAUGUCAGAAAUUGUUUGGAUAUGAUAAAGUCGUAAUAUUUUCAAAUUCUGCAGGUUCCGAUGAUGACAAGGGUUAUCUCCAUGCAGAGGCGAUCGAGGAAGAGUUGGGCAUCCGAGUCAUUCGCCACAAGCAGAAGAAACCUGAUGGCUUGCUUGAGACCGUUUCUUUGUGGCCAGGCGUUUCAGCGCGCGAAGUAAUGAUGGUUGGCGACCGGUAUCUCACCGAUAUCUAUGGCGGCAAUCUUUACGGCAUGUUGACUGUUUGCGUUGGCAUUUUCACGGAAGAGAACGAUAACAAAGGGGCUAUUUUGGUAUUAUUUUUGGUUAUUUGGUUGUGUAAUGUGUAG